AUGGUGAAAAUAGGUUUGCAGGAGUGUGCUAUGUCCAAUGGUGGACCUACUGACAUCCAGCCAAGAGCUAAUAGUACGACGACAUGUCACCGAGAUCCUAAUUUGGAUUGCGAUACCGCUGAGAAGUUAACCAAACCGAUGGUUGUUGGAAGUGAUUCGCCGCUCAAAAGCUUUGGAGAGAGAAAAAGUCGAGAGAGGAAUAUGAAGAUAGCUUGGGAGCAUCAGAUAUUCAAAAACAUCGAAUCAGCAUUGAGUGAUAGUGCGAAAAGGAAAUCGCUGGAGCAAGGGAAGAAAGGAAGACAGCCUCUUAAUAGAUUGCAAGUCAGGAAAAUGGUGCUGCCAAGUAGGCUCACCAAUUCAGAAACACGGAAACCUGUAGGUUCCUCCAUGAUAAGUGCGGACGAACUCAUCAGUCUAUUCGACCUUGCCGUUGAUGGUCAUUGUUCGAUGCACGACAAAUUCAAAAGUACAAUGAAUGAUAGAAAUUUAUGUCUCAGUGAUGAAGACUGGAAUCGGUUUGCUUGUCACGUUGCAAGUAUUGCAGUACAGGAGGUCAGAGGAUUUGCAAUAACCGCUACCAUUAUGGCUGUCAGACAAAAAGGCUUUCGAUCAGCUUUUGCGCAAGAAAUUAAUGUUUUAAUGUCAAAUUACGUCUUAGUUGGAGGAAAAGCUGGGCAAGGAGUCCCUGAACUUGUCGCAUACCUUUUAAUUGCUAAUUGGCCUCGAGAACAUGACCGAUAUGAUCUCGAGUCAAAUGACAUUUUGUUCUGUAUCAUUUCAUCAAUUAAGGGAUGGCUGGAAACAAUAAUUGGCGAGGCAAAUGAGAUCGAAGAGAUUGAAUCGAACUGCGCUUGUGCACUGUAUGAGGUGUGUCAUUUCGCGCAACGAAAACUUUGGCUGAAAUGGCCAGAAUUAGUAGAUGAAUGUUAUGCCGCUGUAAGAGAUGGUAUAACCUUAAAUAUCACAUUAACCAAGGAAGCACGGAAAGCAUUAUUAGAUACCAUGAUUAUGAUGCACGAGUGGACUAGUCGGCAUGCAAAAACAUUGGUUAAUGUCAGCACACAAACUUGUAGAACUCAGACAAACAGGUCCACUGUAUCAGACAAAUGGGCGGGUCAGGCGCACAAUUACAAUGAGCGCAGACGUCGUGUCAUCCCUGCACCAAAUUACGGAGGAGGGGCAAUUGACAACCAGUUGUCUGUCUGUCUGUGUGUCGCUGUAGGACAUCUCCGGGGACGAUCCUCUAUGUUGUGGCAAAAGCCAGUAGAUCACUGCUUACUGCGACGGGUUCGCCCUCCUGAACCUGAAUCUGAGCAUUGCUUGUUGGGCAGUGAGCCUACUUGUUACUCUACCGCUAAGUUACCCUCACCACAACGACAACACAUCGAUGCUUUAUUGAAGCGAUUAAAGACAAAACUUGCUUGUGAACCUGAAGAUCAUGCUAAUGGAAUAGAUGAUGAAUGUUGUGUAUGUGUGCAGCGGCGUGCAUCAGUUCGAGCCUUUCCUUGCAGUCACAAAGUGUUCUGUCGGAACUGUGCUGUCCAGUUAAUUGAACAUGCAAUCAACGAGAACAGAAUGCGGAUGAGCUGCAUAAUUUGUCGCCGUGAUAUCGCAAGGUUGCAGUAUAGUCGACCGUCGCGGUCUGCACAAAUUCGUAAGCAGCAGGCGCUUCUUGACGACAAUCACAGUAGGAACGGUACUACUGCCACUGCUACUUUUACUGCUGUUCGUGUUUUGAAUAACGCAAUUUGGCGUAAUCCCGAAGUUUUUUCCAAAUAUCCAUGUCAAACUUUCCCUACGCGUAUUACUCUUUCAUCUUCUCAAUGA